UUAAAUUGAUAGGGAAGCUCUAGCAAUUAUGUUUGCCAUUAGAAAAUUUUUCAAGUAUUUGUGGGGCCGUAAAUUCAAACUUGUCACUGAUAAUGCUCCUCUAAAGCACAUUUUAAGCCCUGAUAAGUCUAUUCCUGUCCUAAGUGCUCAACGUUUGCAGCAUUGGUCUUACAUUUUGCAAGCCUACCAAUUUGAAAUUGUGCAUCGAAGUGGUUCUUUGCUCUCUCAUGUUGAUGCUUUGUCCCGUUUGCCCUGUGAUGAGUAUGCUCCGGAUGAUUUGGAAGUGUGUAGCAUUGCUAAGGAUUUGCCUUUGAACUCAUCUAUUAUUUCAGAUGAGACUAAAAAGGAUUCGGUGUUGCAACAUGUUUUGUUUCAAACUAAAGUUGGUUGGCCAGUUGUACCUAAAUACUUGCCUGAAAUUGUCAAACCCUUCUUCAAGUUUCGUGAUCAACUUAGCCUUGAAAAAGGUUGUGUCUUGUACAAUGCUCGUGUAGUCAUCCCUGCUUCUCUUCAGUCUAAAGUGUUGGACAUUCUUCAUGAGGGCCAUGCUGGUAUUGUGCGUAUGAAAAUGUUGGCGAGAACUUCUGUUUGGUGGCAAGACUUAUCUCGUGAUAUUGAAACUAAGUGUGAUUUAUGUAACUCCUGCUCUAUGGUCAACUUUAAAAGGUCUCAUGAUUAUGUUCCAUGGCCUGAGGCUAAAUCCCCUUUUGAGAGAGUCCACAUUGAUUUUGCCACCCUGUGUUCCAAACAUUAUUUUGUCUUUGCUGAUUCAUUCUCUAAAUGGAUUCAUGUGCAACGAAUGUCUUCCAUGCGAGCAAUUGAUGUAAUUGUUGUUCUCACAACUGUCUUUAGUAUUUUUGGUGAUCCAAUGUCUAUUAUUAGUGAUAACGGUCCUCCCUUUGACAGUGUUGAAUAUGUUGAUUUUUGUACUUCAAGAGACAUUGUUGUGUGCCACUCCCCUCCAUAUCACCCUGAAUCAAAUGGUUUUGCGGAGAGGGCUGUCCAGAUUGCUAAGAAGUCUCUCGAGAAAUUGUUGCUUGAUUCUCACAACAAUACUCCUGAUGAUAACACUUGUGAUUUAAUUGUUAAUAAGUUCCUUACUUCAUACAGGAACACUCCCACUACUACGACUCUCAAAGCUCCUAAUGAGGUCUUGUUGUCUUUUAAACCUGUAACUAGUCUUUCUCGUCUCCUUCCUAACUUCAGGUCGGAGUCUGCUAAGAAAUCUGAAUUUCGUGAUGGUGAAUCUGUUGUUGUGAAAUUGUCUAAGAAUCAUCCUCCAGUUAAAGGAACCAUAGUGCGGCGUCUGGGCCCGACCCGCUACCUUGUAUCUUUUGAAGGAGUCCUUCGUAAGCCUCACAUAAAUCAGAUGAAUCACUCCUAUGAAUUAGUUCGUUGUGUCAACUUCACUGCCUGUGAUUUUGUUCUGUGAUAACCUAAGUUUUUAAAGUUGUCUUUUGUCAUUUGUCAAGAAAGUCUGUCUUUGUAAUUUGUCAAGUUUAUCUAUAUUUUCAUUGUUAACUUAUUUUUAAGAGUCUUUUAAAUUAUUGUGGGGGAAAGGUGUCGUGUUUCGAUUCUAUCGAUUGUGUCUACUCGAGAACCGAGGUGUAAUGUGAAUGUGAAUUCGAAUAAAGAAUCAGUUCAACAAGUAA